AUGUCAGUUUUUGAUGCUCCUGUUAUUGAUUUGAAUUUGAUACAAAAUGAGACGGAGCUUUUCCCCGUUGUUAAAACUGUUUUGAAUGGAGAUGGCAUUUUUUUAUUGAAAAAUUAUGCCAACAUGAAUAAUUUGAAAGGGUUGAUAAGCCAUUUGGGUCUCAAUGAUUUCUCUGCUAGCAGUAAUUUGGACAAAUUUUUUUCUGGAACGUUUGUCAGUGAGGAGGGGAUCGUUAUGGAACAAUAUAUGAAAAGCACUGAUGGACUAUGGCUUUCGGAAAAUCAGGCUCCUUUUGCUUUAGAGCAGAUAUCAAAUCAAUUACUCAAAAUAGCACUUUACUUUGGGAAAUUAUUUCUGGAAGUUGUGGGCUGCAAUUUGAAUGGACAGGUAAAUUUUGAUGACCACAAUUAUGCGAGUAUCAUUUCUCGGUAUUACAGUCCGACGCCUAAGUCUUCAGUCGAUUUUGAGUUUCAGUACCAAGAAGAAUACAAAAUUUUACAACCUGAGGGGCUUCUAACUGUAUUCCCGUGUGCUGCGGGUAUCAGCUAUAAAGAAAACGACCGCUGGAAAGCUUUAGAGAAGCCAGACUGUAUUCUCAUUGCUGCAGGGAAAUUGAUUUCCAAUAUUAGUAACAACAAAGCCUUUUCGGCGAGACUGAGGGUUCCAACAAGCAACUUUGCAUUUUUGACCUUAAUGCCCCCUUUAAGCGCCAGUACAGGGACACAAACGGUUGCAGAUAUCUUAUUAGAAGGACAAAUCACUCGAUUUCCAGAAGUAUCCAAAGAAAUCUAUCCUUUAGAAACUGCCAAACUAAAUUUGACUGCUCGUGUGAACUUAUGCAAGGAAAUUUUCAACGUUGUGGACUCGAUUCUUUCACUGUAUUCAAUUUCCAGAUCUAUCUCUACUUCAACACCAGAACUCCAGGCUCUGUUACCGAAUAUAUCCAACAUGUUGAACAAAAAGGUCUCACAACAACAAUUUUUGAGGAUGCUCUUCUUAUGGCCAGAAGCCUACAAGCUUGAACUCAAUGCUGCAGGUGAAAUCGUGCUUGGUCUUCCUGAACUGGGACUCUUGAAUGCGUUAAGUAACAAAUCGCGAAAGCUUGAAUACGCAGAAAGGGCGAAUAAUUGGCUGGGACAAGCACUAAACUCAAGUCCCAUGCAGGAAGAUGUUCCAUGUUUCACCUUUGGAAAGAGAAGAGGCAGUGACGAUCUCGAACGAACUUCCCGAUUGCAAGACAAUGCGCAAGAGUUUACCCAAGCCAAAAAAUCAAGGCAGAGGGGCUAUAUUUCGAAUUCCAAACAGAAAUUUAAGCUCAAAAGCAUGGACGGCGGAAGAGUUGAUGGUAGCGAUCUUUUAGAACGCAUUCGACAGAAAGAAAGACGAGCAAGUGCUCUUUUAUCACAAAGAGAGCGACAAUAUCAACAAUUUCUUAACGUCAAAAUGUUACAGAUAUUUGAUAUUUUGCAUGCUCUACCUGCGUUCGAGCCUUACACUAUUACUCACUUAACCUCUCUUAUUGUAGACAGUCUACGCGAUAGCAACAAUCCGGUCGGCGAGGGCGAGACUCGCGAUAUUCUUAUGAAGCUACAGCAACUUCUUCCUGAUGUGAUCAAAGCGAUACAAGUCGAAGGUGGAUUACUCGUGUUCAGAUGGACAGAUCUAGAUAAAGUCGAAUUGAAACGUAGGUUAGAUAAAUUCACUUAA